AUUUCGUUUGGACAGAUAAGAAGGUUCUCGUUCCGCGAAAUGCAGCUAUCGACGGAUAAUUUCAGCGAAAGUAACAUAAUCGGGCAAGGGGGUUACGGUAAAGUGUACCGAGGGGUGUUGGUGGACAACACUAGAGUUGCGGUUAAACGCCUCAUGGACUACCAUAGUCCCGGAGGGGAGGCGGCUUUUAUGAGGGAGGUUCACUUGAUAAGUAUCGCGGUCCACAAGAACCUCCUCCGUUUGAUCGGAUUUUGUACGACCUCGACCGAGAGAAUUCUCGUUUAUCCGUUCAUGCAGAAUCUCAGCGUUGCGUAUCGCCUAAGAGAUUUAAAACCGGGAGAGAAAGGGCUCGAUUGGCCAACGAGAAAACGGAUAGCUUUCGGUACGGCACAUGGCCUAGAGUACCUGCACGAGCAUUGCGAACCGAAGAUCAUUCACCGUGAUAUGAAGGCUGCAAAUAUUCUUCUCAAUGAUGAAUUUGAAGCUGUUCUUGGAGAUUUCGGAUUGGCCAAAUUAGUCGACGCGAAAGUGACCCACGUGACGACUCAAGUACGUGGAACAAUGGGACAUAUUGCCCCCGAGUAUUUGUCUACUGGAAAAUCGUCAGAGAAAACGGAUGUGUUUGGUUAUGGUAUAACACUUCUUGAAUUAGUUACGGGACAACGUGCAAUAGACUUCUCUCGACUCGAAGAAGAGGAGGAUGUUCUUCUUCUUGAUCAUAUCAAGAAGUUACUGAGGGAGAAACGGAUCGAGGACAUAUUGGACGGUAAUUUGAAAAACUACGAGGGGAAAGAAGUUGAGACGAUACUCCAAGUGGCGAUGCUUUGCACGCAAAGUUCACCGGAGGAUCGACCGAGAAUGGCGGAAGUUGUGAGCAUGCUUGAGGGGGUUGGUUUGGCUGAGAGGUGGGCAGAGUGGGAGCAUCUUGAACAAGUGAGGAUUCAAGAAUUUUCAAUAAUGCCACACAAGUUUCUUUGGGGUGAAGAUUCUACUCAUGAUCAAGAAGCUAUACAAUUGUCACAAGCAAGAUAGUCAUUUCUUUAUUUGCAAA